AUGGUUGCUUUCACAACAGAACAAACGACAGAGCUUGCAUGGGGCUUGAAGGAAAGUAAUCUGCAUUUCAUGUGGGUUGUGACAGGAUCGGAAAUUGGUGAACUUCCUGAUGGGUUCUUUUUGGUGGAGCAAGCUCCUCGAGCAGCAGUCCAAGCCAAGGACUCUAGAUCCAUCGGCUACUUAAUGACCGUGGCAAAACAUGUCUCAACAUGGCCUUAG